CGAAAUAAAGGGGAACAGCAAGACCAUUUCCAAUUCAGUACUUGGACAGCGGCGACUGUUUGUCCGGUCAUAAUUAGCAAGAGAGUAUACGUCAAUGCAGUUAGAGCUAAUGGGGCAGUGCAGUGAAAAAACAUGGUUCGUGAGGAUAUUCUUUGAAAAAGAGGACCGUUUUUGUCUAGUGUUUAGUUUUGCUGGGUGACACUAGAGGUAGCGAAUAAUGAGCACCAGCGUGUAAGCGAGCCAUUGCUUGGUAGCAGCCACUUUCUAUAUAGCUAAUAAAGCCCUAUCUGGAUAGCUGUCUUCAGCUUGCUUCCGCCUAGAGAGGCGGGUUACUAUACGAAACAUCCAUAGGCAACGGAAAACAACAACUUGCCACAAUUUUCUUUGUUUCAAGGUCUAAUUGAAGAUGCUUCCUGGACCGGAGUUAACAUUACUGCUCUGGAUCUUCAGUUGCAUCAGCAGCCUCAGCUCAGCAUCUUCAACACCCAGGAAAUGUGAUGAAGUGUUGGCCACACCACUCUCUCACACAGCUUUUACCAGCUCCUCAGUGUACUCCGGUGGAUAUGGGGCUGGAUACGCAAAGCUCAACAGGAGAGGAGGUGCUGGAGGCUGGUCUCCGGGGGACACUGACCGUUACCAGUGGCUGCAGGUGGACCUGGGCACCAGGAAGCAAGUCACCUUCAUUGCCACACAGGGCCGGUACAGCAGCUCUGAUUGGACAACCCAGUACAGACUCCUCUACAGUGAUACAGGAAGAAACUGGAGACCGUAUCGGCAAGAUGGCAACAUAUGGGCAUUUUCAGGCAACUCCAACAGCGAGAGUGUGGUCCGCCAUGAUCUGCAGCAUGCAAUCAUAACACGCUACGUCCGCAUCAUCCCACUUGAGUGGAGCGAGGAGGGGAGGAUCGGCUUGAGAGUGGAAGUCUAUGGCUGUUCUUACUGGGCGGAUGUGAUCAACUUCGAAGGCCAGGGUGUGAUCUCCUACCGCUUCAAGAUGAAGAAGAUGAAGAUCUUGAAGGACGUCAUCUCCCUGAAGUUUAAGACCACAGCCAGUAACGGUGUGCUCCUGCACGGGGAGGGACAGCAGGGAGACUAUAUCAGCCUGGAGCUGAAGAGAUCCAAACUACUGCUCAUGAUCAACCUGGGCAGCAAUCAGUAUGGCUCCAUCCUCGGGCACACCUCCGUGACAAGUGGAAGUUUAUUGGAUGAUGACCAUUGGCACUCUGUAAUUAUUGAGCGUUACCGACGGAAUGUCAACUUUACCCUGGAUCGCCACACGCAGCACUUCCGCACCAACGGUGAAUUUGAUCAUCUUGACCUGGACUAUGAGAUCAGCUUUGGAGGCAUGCCCUUCUCUGCCAAGCCCAGCUCGGGAGGCAGGGAGAACUUUGUUGGCUGCAUGGAGGGCAUCACCUACAACGGAGAUAACGUUACCAACCUGGUCAAGAGGAAGAAAAUUGAUACUUCAAGUUUUAGGAACCUGACAUUCUCCUGCAGCGAGACACAAUCCUUCCCCUUGUUCUUCAACGCCACCAGCUUCCUGCGUCUUCCGGGGCUGCUGGACAGUGACACCCUGUCGGUCAGCCUGUCCUUCCGAACGUGGAACCCCAGCGGUCUGCUCCUCUAUACGGCACUGGCUGACGGUGUGGUGGAGGUGGGCCUCACCGAGGGGAAGGUCACUGUCUACAUCAACGUCACCCAGAAGAAAAACACGCGCAUAGACAUCUCCUCAGGCUACUUCCUGCGUACCAACACUCCCCCUGCCCAGCGCUCCUUCCAGGGCUGUAUGCAACUGAUCCACGUGGACGACCAGCUAGCUGACCUGGUGGCGGUAGAGCAAGGCAACAUGGGAACCUUUGAGAAUGUCAGCCUGGAUAUGUGUGCCAUCAUAGACAGAUGUGUCCCUAACCACUGUGAACAUAGAGGCCGCUGCUCUCAGACCUGGGAUAGUUUCAGCUGCUCCUGUAACGGGACAGGAUACACCGGGGCUACAUGCCAUACCUCCGUGUAUGAACAGUCCUGUGAGGAAUACAAACACCUUGGUAAAACAUCUGGCACAUACUGGAUCGACCCUGAUGGGAGUGGUCCUGUUGGCCCCUUCAAAGUCAACUGCAACAUGACUGAGGACAAGGUGUGGACGACAGUGAGAAACAACCUGUCUCCCCAGACUUCAGUGACUGGCUCAGACCUGGAGGGGAAGGCUGUGCUGCAGCUCAAUUACAACAUGUCCACAGAGCAGGUGACAGCCAUCACAGGCAGUGCGGAGUACUGUGAACAGCAUGUUGCCUACGCCUGCCGAAUGUCUCGACUGCUCAAUAAGCCAGAGGGAUCUCCAUUUACAUGGUGGGUUGGCAGGGCCAAUGAGAAGCAUUUUUACUGGGGUGGUUCAGGCCCAGGGAUCCAGAAGUGUGCCUGUGGAAUCGAGAGGAACUGCACCGACCCCAAGUACUACUGCAACUGUGACGCUGACCAAACGCGGUGGAGAGAGGACGCUGGUCUCCUGGUGUAUAAAGACCAUCUGCCUGUGAGUCAGGUGGUGGUUGGUGACACUAAUCGUGCUGGCUCUGAGGCUAAAUUGACUGUGGGUCCACUGCGUUGUCAAGGAGAUGGUAACUACUGGAACGCAGCAUCCUUCAACACGCCUGCAUCCUACCUGCACUUCCCUACCUUCCAAGGAGAGACCAGUGCUGACAUAUCUUUCUAUUUCAAGACUUCCUCCUCUUAUGGCGUCUUUCUGGAGAACCUUGGCAACGCUGACUUCAUCCGCCUGGAACUAAAAGCUGCCACGGUGGUGUCCUUCUCCUUUGAUGUGGGCAACGGUCUGGUGGAGCUGAGUGUGAUGUCGUCCACUCCUCUUAAUGAUGACCAGUGGCACAGGGUGGUGGCUGAGCGCAAUGUGAAGGAAGCUGUGCUGCAGCUGGAUGGGCACUACAAGGAGGUUCGCCCUGCACCCACACAGGGUCACACCCGCCUGGAGCUAUACAGCCAGCUCUACGUGGGUGCAUCUGGUGGCCAGAGGGGGUUCCUAGGAUGUAUCCGUGCCCUGAAGAUGAACGGUGUGACACUUGACCUGGAAGAGAGGGCGAAGGUCACCCCAGGGGUUAAGCCUGGCUGCUCUGGCCACUGCACCAGCUAUGGGCAGCACUGCAGAAACGGUGGCAAGUGCAUGGAGAAAUACAACGGUUACUCAUGCGACUGCACCUUGACUGCCUAUGAUGGGCCCUUCUGCACUGAAGAUGUGGGCGGCUACUUCGAGAGUGGAACACUCGUUCGUUACGACUUCCUUCCCGAGAGGGGCCUUCCAGCCAUCAGGGAUGUGAAGAGCCUGUCUCCCUUGCUGCCCACGGAGGGCAACCUGACCCAGGAGGAGCUGGUGUUCAGCUUCAGCACCUCCAACGCCCCGAGCAUCCUGGUCUACAUCAGCUCUAGGACCCAGGACUACCUGGCUGUGGUGCUCAGACACAAUGGAACACUUCAGAUCCGCUACAGCCUGGGAGGCCUGAGGGAGCCGUUCACCAUCGACCUGGACCAGCGCAACAUGGCCAACGGGCAGCCCCACCACAUCAACAUCUCCAGGCAGGAGAGGAACAUACGGCUCCAGUUGGAUCAUUACCCCCCAGUCAGCUACACUCUGCCUGAUGACUCUGACACCCAGUUCAACCUGGUCAAGACCAUAUUCCUGGGGAAAGUCUUUGAAACUGGCCAGAUUGAUCCAGUCCUCAUAGAGAAGUACAACACUCCAGGGUUUGUGGGCUGUCUGUCCAGAGUUCAUUUCAACAACAUCGCCCCUCUGAAGGCAGCACUGAGGUCUGGCAUCGUUGCCCCGGUGACCACCCAGGGCAUUCUAGUGGAGUCAAACUGUGGGGCGUCUCCUUUCACGAUCUCACCAAUGGCUGCUGCCAACGACCCCUGGCACAUGGACUCAGCUGGUGCUGUAUUCCCAUUCAAUGAGGAAAGAGUUAGCCGGGAUGGAGUUGAUCAGAACUCUGCAGUUAUCGGAGGUAUCAUUGCUGUGGUCAUCUUCACCAUCCUCUGCACCCUGGUGUUCCUGAUUCGCCAUAUGUUCCGUCACAAGGGCUCCUACCACACCAACGAGGCCAAAGGGGCGGAGUCUGCGGACUGUGCCGAUGCAGCCAUCAUUGUCAAUGACCCCGCCUUCACAGAAACCAUCGAUGAGAGCAAGAAGGAGUGGUUCAUCUAAUCGGACAUUCACAUUUUGGUACUGGGCAGAGGUGUGCCCAUUGCUCUUCGCUGUAUGAAGGCAAGGCUUUCUUUGAUGAGGGAUGAAUGAUGUGUCAUUGUGGACUAGGGAGAUGUUCCCAUGGACUAGAUGUGUGCUUUGGCUGGCUUGUCUAUAAUGUAUUUACAUUGAGUGAGGAGUUUUGUCAACAUGAUAUCAGUCAUUCACAUGGAGCCAUUAUUUCAAUUACUGCAUCCACUGAACUGAGAAUGAGGGGAGAUAAAGUUAUUACUUUAUUGCUUUUUGCAUUACAGUUGAUAUGUCUUAAUGAUUUCAGCUUUGAUUGUAGAGAUGUUUAUGCCUGCAUUUAGUGGGUCAAGCACAAACUGUAUACUUAUAUUUCCUUUGCUGCCAAAAUGAGACCAAAUGAGUUGCUUAGAGACAAGAAUAUCCCUACACAGUUUAAAAAACACAAAACGAAGGUUUAUGUCAUAGACAUUGACAUUUGAUUGUAUUGUAAUGUGUUAAUUUGAUUGCACUGCAGUCCUUUUUUGUGUGUAUAAUACAAUGGCAUGCUUCAAGAUAAUGGCAUCCCUUCAUUGCACCAUUCUACACAGUAGCACUUGUAUUUCCUCACAAAUGUGUCUUUUAUCUUGCAAAUGUUUUUUUUUUUGUACCAAAUUAUUCAGCGUGCUUUAUCUGUUUUGCCCAGUCUUGCUACAUGAUGGUUCUUCCUGGAAAGAUUGUAAUCUGGUAUGAGAUGACAGGUUCACAUUUGGGGACAUUGUGACUUUUGAAAGGGAAUCGCUGUAAUAUUGUUGUGAAAAGGUUUAUAGCACAAACAAGCAUAUCAGUUAUAGAAAUGACAAUAUCUGGCUUAACCCAACGUGCCUUCAGGGUUCAGCCACUUAGCCUUCUGUUUUGGACUAUUUCAUUAUGGGCCCAAUAUCUAACAAUAGAAAUACUAAGGCCAAUAGGGACGUAUUUAUGAUGGUUGCUAUUUGCUAAAAGGAAAAUUAAAGUACAUGGCUUAAGUUCAGCUGUCUCCAUGGACAGUGAUACACUGCAGUCGUGGCCAAAAGUUGAAAAUGACACAAAUAUUAAUUUUCAAAGUUUGCCGCCUCAGUGUCUUUAGAUAUUUUUGUCAGAUGGAAUACUGAAGUAUAAUUACAAGCAUUUCAUAAGUGUCAAAGGCUUUUAUUGACAAUUACAUGAAGUUGAUGCAGAGUCAAUAUUUGCAGUGUUGACCCUUCUUUUUCAAGACUUCUGCAAUCCGCCCUGGCAUGCUGUCAAUUAACUUCUGGGCCACAUCCUGACUGAUGGCAGCCCAUUCUCGCAUAAUCAAUGCUUGGAGUUUGACAGAAUUUGUGGGUUUUUGUUUGUCUACCCGCUUCUUGAGGAUUGACCACAAGUUCUCAAUGGGAUUAAGGUCUGGGGAGUUUCUUGGCCAUGGACCAAAAUACCGAUGUUUUGUUCCCCGAGCCACUUAGUUAUCACCUUUGCCUUAUGGCAAGGUGCUCGAUCAUGCUGGAAAAGGCAUUGUUCGUCACCAAACUGUUCCUGGAUGGUUGGGAGAAGUUGCUCUCAGAGGAUGUGUUGGUACCAUUCUUUAUUCAUGGCUGUGUUCUUAGGCAAAAUUGUGAGUGAGCCCACUCCCUUGGCUGAGAAGCAA